CCGGCCAAAACAUGUGUGAAGGCGGCGAUUUAUAACUGUUCCGCUCCUCUCCUCUCCUCGCAUCGCCCGUUACUCUCUCUCUCUACAGCAAGUGCACAAACUCUUUCUCUCUCUAAAAUUUAUCGCCUCUUAUGUCUCAAAUUUCCUCCACACUUUCUCACUCUACUUCCCAUUCUCUCUCAUCUGUGCACUGAAAGCGAUGCUACAACUCCUUGAGCUCUCUCUCUAGCGGAUCCAGAUUCCCCCCUCCAUGUUCACAAUGUCGGCGAAGGCCCUCAGAGAUCUCAACACAUUUCCUGGAUCUGAGAAGAAAACUGAGGGCUCUAGCAAAGGUUGCUUCAUGAAGCCUUUUACCGAGAAUGAAACCGAGAAUAUUGACAAGUGGCAGAAAUGUAUACCUACUUCUGUGACCUGCAAUGCUUCAACGGCAGAAGUUGAAAUUGGGAAUACCGGAUUAGAGGCAGCAGGCUCUGAAAUAGAGUAUAUAGAAUCUGAAAAUUUGAACGAUCUUCAAGAUGUAGAUACAAAUCUAAAUACAUUGUUAUCAAGGCUGGAUUCAAAGGACUGGGUUUCAGUAUGUGAGGCCCUGAAUCACGUGCGUCAAUUAUCAAUCUUUCACAAGGAAACUAUGGUUCCGAUGUUAGGAAAUGUGGUGUCACUCACAGUCAAAUCUCUGAAAAAUCCUAGAAGUGCUGUAUGUAAAACUGCAAUCAUGACGUCUGCAGACAUCUUCAAGGUUUACAAGGAUGGCAUAAUUGAUUCAUUUGAGCCUUUGCUUAUGCAACUUCUUCUCAAGUCUUCCCAAGAUAAACGUUUUGUAUGUGAAGCUGCUGAAAAAGCUUUGACAACGAUGACCAUUUCAAUCUCUCCCACUUUACUAUUACCAAAGUUGCAGCCACAUUUGAAGCAUCGGAAUCCUCGUAUUCGGGCAAAAGCAUCGAUGUGUGUAUGUAGAAGUGUGCUAGCACUGGGUUCAGAAGGAAUCAAAGCAUAUGGGAUUGAUAAGCUGAUCCAAGUAGCGGCUUCCCAACUCAGCGAUCAACUUCCCGAAUCGAGAGAGGCUGCUCGUAUCCUCACGUUGGAACUGCAAAGUGUUUACGAGAAAUCCUACCUUCCUCUCAUUCAAACCACUGAAUCUGAAAACUUGAAGAGUGAAUCUUGGGAAAGCUUCUGCCAAGCCAAGCUCUCACCAUUGAGUGCACAGGCAAUCCUUCGAGUCACAGCUUCAGCAAGGGAAGAAAACCUCAUUUUGGGUUGCUAACAGUGGGCUUCAUACUGUUGCAAUGAAAUGAGGUAGAACUUUUGAUUUCAGAGUAUUAGUUUGGCUCUUUAAAAUUGAUUUCAUAUAAAUUUUUUUAUAUAGGUAUGUAAAUUUGAGUCUCUGGUGAAAAGUCGUGCAAGUAUGACCCUUGGGUAGUAAUGAAAGCUUUUGAUCAUUUUCUUAUGGUUUUAUUUUUUGGUGUGUAGCAUAGUACAAACUUUUGGGUUGUUAUGUAUUCCCGGACUAUUGUCUUUUAUUUAUCUUCACUGCAAAUUUUCUCGAGAGAAGUAUGUAUCAUUUGCGUACACGAGCUGCAAAUUAUCAAUGUAAUGGGUGCUAAACUGGGGCUGAUAAAUGUGAGAAUGAUUGGUAUUUAAA